AUGUCAGCAAGGUCGCCGCUCGAGGAUGCGGCAGCCUCCCUCGUCGCCGCGGGGCCGGAUCCGCCCGCCUCCGGCGCCUUCCGCUUCCCCACCGACUGCGCAGCGUCGUCGCCGCUCGAGGACUUGCUCCGGAGAGGCCGCGGGCUCGGGCGCUCGUGGUCGCUGCCACCGGAGUUGCUGGAUCCCUCGCCGGCGAGCUCCGGACUCCUCCCAAAAGCACGCGCCGACGGGCGCCGCCGUGGACUCGGGGCUAGGCGGAGAGAUGAGGCUAGGCUGUUGGAUGAGAAACUUCAAACCGAGAUAUUCCUUAAAGACAGCAUACCUACUUGGCUUGUGGUUUCAGGUUACAUUGUACUUUCAGUAAUAUCUACUGUGGCUGUGCCGAUCAUAUUUCCCCAGCUGAAGUGGUAUUUUGUCCUUGCCUGCUACCUCCUUGCUCCUGCCAUUGCUUUCUGCAACUCAUAUGGGAUGGGCCUCACAAACUUGAACCUUGCACCCACCUAUGGCAAGAUUGCCCUCUUCGUGUUUUCCUCGCUUGUCGGCAGCGAUGGUGGCGUCAUUGCAGGCCUUGCAGCAUGUGGCAUAAUCAUGUCGAUCGUCUGCUCUGCAGCGGAUCUCAUGCAGGAUUUCAAGAGCAGCUACCUCACCCUCUCCUCGCCUCGUUCAUUGUUCGUUUUCCAGAUGAUCUGUGUCGCCAUUGGAUGCAUCAUCGCUCCACUCGCGCUGUGGCUCUUCUGGACCGCCUUCGACAUCGGUGACCCCGAUGGCGAGUACAAGGCUCCAUUCGCCGUCAUCUUUAGGGAGAUGGCCAUCAUCGGCAUCGAGGGCUUCGCGGCGCUGCCAAAGCACUGCCUCGAGAUCUGCUGCGUGUUCUUCCUGGCUGCACUGAUCGUCAGCCUCCUGAAGGAUGCUACGCCAAGCCAUGUCUCCAGUUUUAUCCCCAUUCCGAUGGCGAUGGCCGUGCCGUUCUACAUUGGCGCCUACUUCGGUGUGGACAUGUUCAUGGGGACUCUGAUCUUGUUCGCUUGGCAGAAGAUGAACCGGAGAGAGGCCGACGGCUACGCGGUCGCUGCUGCGUCCGGCUUGAUCUGUGGAGAUAGGGUUUGGAGCAUCCCAGCUGCUGUUCUGUCCAUCCUGAGAGUUGAUCCACCGAUCUGCAUGAACUUCAGGCCAACUUCAGCUUCCGUGUGA